AACAUCAACUUGGCCCCUACAAGGGAUAGCUUUCCGUGAAUUACCAAGAAGAGUAAUGAGACCUUUAAGGAAUUUGCUCAAAGCUUUGAAGCAUAAAAUUCAAGAUCUCAUUGAUAAGGGUAAACUCCAACUGAAUGCUAAGGAAACCAAGGGUGCUCCAAACAUCACUCAAAAUCCUUUACCUUUGCAUGAUGUAGGCACAAUGAAUAUGGUCACCUUUGAUGAAGUUGAGAAGUCUGUGUUGGAGAAUGCCAGUGCUUGGUCUCUUGAUGAGUUGUUUGCCAUUUUGGGGCAUGCUUUGCAAGAUUGUGGAGAUUUUCAAGACAAGAUCAAGGAGUUGCAAGGAAUGGGAGCUUUGAGAUUUGUAUCUGCCCAAGAGCCAAAAAAAUUCAUAGCACCAGUGACUGAAGAAUACUUCACUAAGGAGAAGCCUUACAUUCUACAAGAUACUAAAAAGGCACAAGUCAUCAGUCAAAAUUUCCAACAGCCUUAUGUCUUGAAAACCUCUCUUAGUGGGUCACCCAUGGGAAAGAUAUCAUCUAUGGCCAAUUGCCAUUUUUCUUACUCAUUUAAGUUUAUGCCUCAACGCUCUGUCAUUUUGAAUUCUACAGCUAAUGAUGUGUCCAAUAUGACUCAUUGUGGUUGGUGUUCUGCGAAUCUCGAAGUAAAAGAAUUGAGAAAGGCUAUUUUGAAGUCAAAAGAUAUCAUAAUUGAAGAGAUGCUAGAAGAAUCACCCAAGAAGCCAAUGUCAGAAAAGGAAGUUACUGAAUUUUUGAAUAUCUUGCGGAAGAAAGUUUGGGACUAUGGUUGGGGCAAUCUUGGCUCUAAAUUAUAUAUUAAUUUCACUGAUGAUGAGAUUCCUGAUGAAGGAAAUGGGCAUACCAAGGCUCUUCACAUUUUUGUCCAGUGUAAGAUGAUGAAUGUGCCUCAUGUGUUGAUUGAUAAUGGGUCAGCUUUGAAUGUUAUUCCUUUGACUGUUUUGGAGCAAUUGAAAGUGGAUGACUUUCACAUCAAUCAGUGUAGCAUGAUGGUUUGUGCUUUUGAUGGUACAAAGAGAAAUGUAGUUAGAAAGAUUGAGCUUCUAGUGGAGAUUGGUCCUUUGACUUUUGAUGUGGAUUUCUUUGUUAUGGACAUUUCUCCUACUUUUAAUAAGCUUCUUGGAAGGCCUUGGAUACAUAUUGCUGAAGCAUUACCAUCCACUUUGCAUCAGAAAGUCAAAUACAUUGUCAAUGGUCUGCUUGUUAUUGUGAAUGGCGAGGAGAAGCAUGUCAUUAGGCCACAACCAUUCAUUACUUGGGAAUGGACUCUGGAACUUAUGAACCCUCUUAUCACUCGAUGGAGAGUGCUGCUACUUCUUACAUACAUCCAAGGUUCAAAGGAAAAAAGGUUGAAAUGGCUAAACCUGCUAAAGUCGCUGCUAGGAUCAUGCUUUCGUGUCAAUAUCAAUUGGGAAAGGGUUUGCGAUUGAAUGGACAAGGAAUUCUUAAGCCCAUUAAGGUAAUUCAAACUUGUGGCACUUUUGGUUUGGGAUACAAGCCAAAGAAGGAAGAUUGGCAAAGGAUACAUGUUAUUAAAGCGAAGAAGCGCCU